AUGUUGUGGUCAAGGGUCGGAAUAAUACUUUUGAUUGCUUCAUUUAUACAAGUAGAGUCUUUAAAAUUUUCAUCUUUAGAUGUAGUGUACAAAAAAGGGGUGGAAGCCUAUUCAAAUGAAAGAUGGUCUGAAUGUAUUGUGCAAUUAGAAGAAUCACUACAUUUAUAUAAAGUUUAUAAAAGGAUUUUAAUCAACUGCAGACUGAAAUGCAAGCAUGAUGCUCAGUUUACAAGAAUCCAAGAUAAUAUUGAAGAUCUUAAAAUAUAUGAAUUGUAUUUCAACGCAAGACAGUGUUUGAUAAACUGCAAUAAUCACGCUUUUGAAGAUGUACGUAUGUAUAAUAAUGUAUCAGAUUCAACAAUUUUUAAUAUGCAGUCUAGAAAACCAUAUGAAUAUUUGCACCUAUGUUACUUCCAAAUGUAUGCUAUGUCAAAAGCAGCAUCAGCUUCCUAUACAUUCCUAGUUACUAAUCCAGACGAUCCAAAAAUGAAGAAAAACUUAGACUACUAUUUAAAUCAGCCUGAAGUUGACAUAAACGAGGUGGUUGACCUUGAAAGUGAUGACUAUCAAAUCCUUUACAGACUGGGUCUUAAAUCAUAUCACACCAAGAAAUGGGGUGAAACAAUUGCUAAUAUGGAAGAAGCAUUAAAUGAUUAUCUUUCUUGGGAAAACAACUGUCGAAUGGAAUGUGAGCGUCAGCCCGAACAAGAGUGGUCACCAGAAAUAACAAUUACAAUAUCAAACUACAUGGCGUCACUUCUAAUUUGUAAGCAAACCUGCCAAGAUGAACUGAAACCGCUUUACAAUUCUGGUGUUGAAUUUAUUGCCGACCUAUUAAAUUAUAUACAAAUAUCGUAUUAUAAUUUAGACAGGCUGGAUGAUAUGGGAAAAGCAGUAGCCACCUAUUUACUUCUAUUGCCAAAUGAUGAAGAUAUGUUGGAAAAUAAGAAAAUUUACAGCACAUUAAUUGAUGACAGUGCUUUUGUUGUCAGAUCUGAUGUUGUUCAUUAUUUAAAAAGAGAUACAUAUGAAAAACAGUUAAUCACGUUUUUUCGUCAAGAAAAUCAUAGUGAUGACGUUGAAACUACUAAUAAGGUAUAA